AUGGUUCAAGCACAAAAGAUGUUGGUGUAUGCAUUUCUCUCAUUAUUCCUUGUAUCAUUUUUUCCUACUAACGGCCGGUGUAGAGGGCUUCUCGAAAAAGAUAGGCCGGAUCAUGUUGCCAAGACCAUUGAGACAGAAUACGGGGAUAUAUAUGAUUGCAUAGACUUUUACAAGCAACCAGCAUUUAAUCAUCCUCUCUUAAAAAAUCACAGUUUUCAUCCAGAGACAAGAUCGAGUUCUACUCCUAAGGUGGUUGUUGACAACAAUGCUAACUCUUGGAGCAAGAAUGAAAUGUCACUACUAGAUAUGUUCCGUUUUAAGGAUGGAGGGUGCCCUUCAGGAACUGUUCCUAUAAGAAGACUCAGUAAUUACCACACUAAUUGGAAAUACCCAGAGCAAGACGUUUCAGGAAUUGUUUUUGCGUUGGGUCAAACCAAAAACGAUCCAUCAAAGAAAUAUUAUGGAGCUCGAGGAGAAAUCAGCGUUUGGAAUCCACAACUACUUAAACCAAACCAGUAUACUUCUGCUGAAAUCAUACUUAGAGGUGGUAAUGACGCUAUUAUCGCUGGUUGGACAGCAGGCGAUCAACAUUGUUUCGAUUCAGAAUGUGGAUUUGUAGUAACAAGACCAGAUAUUCCCCUCAACUUAGUAAUGUCUCCAUUAUCCAAAAUUCCAGGACCAAUUUACGCAAACUCUUUCUUUGUCUAUCAGGAUGAGAAGAACGGGAAUUAUUAUCUCCAAGGAGGGAAGGACAACAUUGAACUCGGGUUUUGGCCGAAGGAUAUAUUCGUAGGGCUAGCAAAUGGUGCAACAUAUGCAGGAUGUGGAGGAGAAGUAUAUACUGAAGGCACGGUAAAACCUAUAGAUGCACCAGUUAUGGGAGCAGGAACAUAUCCUGAUGAGCUUCCAGAAAAGACGAAUUUCGCCUAUUGCAAAUUUCAAGUGGUAGAUGAUGCUCAUAAUAUUGUGACAACUCCAUAUCUUGAGGAGUUUACAAAUAAUAAAGAGUAUAAUGCUGUUGUUACAAAUCAGGAAAAUGCUAAAUUUAUUUACUUUGGUGGACCUUUUCCUGUUAAUGUUUAG